AUGCAGAAAAGGAAAUUGGUGGAAUAUUGUAAUGUCUGGUGGACUCAGUAUGAAUUAGAGGAUCAAGUACGUUGGCCAGAAAAUGGGACUUUGGAUUAUAAUACUAUUUUACAGUUAAUGCUGUUCUGUAAACGCGAAGGGAAGUGGGAUGAGGUACCGUAUGUAGAAUUGUUCUUUAUAUUGCGAAACAAUAAGGAAUGGCAAAAGGCGUGCGGGAUUAUGAUAUUAGAAGUAAAAGUGGAUGAAAAAUGUCAAGGUUGCACAGCGGAAAGAAAAUGCAUGCAAUGUUCGGCAGUAGAGAAUGCUGUACAGCACCAUCAGGAUGAGGAUUUCGAUCUCCUAGUGGCCCCCUCAGCCCCACCAGCCCCUAGGGAUUUGAGGGAAGAUAAGGAUGGGGACGUAGAGGACCAACCCAGUGGAAAAUAUGAGACCGAUUGUCCUUGUACUCCGAUAUCUCACCGAACCAGACAACGGGAUGUACAGGGACAAGAGGUCAAAAGCAAGAUGAUAGCACCGUUACGGCAAGGGGUGGGGGCUGAAGGGCCGGUGUAUGUAAAAGUACCAUUCUCCCCCGGAGACUUGGUGCUUUGGAAACAAUCGGCCGGGACUUAUCGAGAAAACCCGGAUAAAGUAGCAAGAGUAGUAAAAAUGAUCAUGAAAACCCAGAACCCGGACUGGGAUGAUAUACAGGUACUAUUAGACAUAUUAAUGGAUACAACAGAAAAGGGGAUGGUGCUAAAGGCAGCCCGGGAAAGGGUCCGGGAAGAUAUACGACAGGGGGUGGUCACUGGGACGGUGGAGCAGAACUUUCCUAUAGAAGACCCAAUGUGGGAUUAUAAUACUGUCAGAGGAAUGACUUAUUUGAGAAGAUAUCAAGAAUGGGUGGUAGUAGGAGUACAGAAUGCUAUGCCCAAAGUAAUAAAUUGGUCAAAGCUCUAUAAUGUAAGGCAGGAAAAAACAGAAUCUCCCUCUGCAUUUUUGGAACGCCUCAUGGAAGUAGCCAGGAAAUACACGGAUUUAGACGUAGAAACAGAACAGGCCAAAAUACAGCUGGCUUUGAUUUUCUUGGGACAGUCACAGGAGGACAUCAGGAAGAAAUUGCAGAAAUUGGAUGGGGGAGAAUUGCGUAAUUUGGACAGAUUAUUAGAAGUUGCUUGGAAGGUAUAUAACAAUAGAGAGAAGGAAAACACCCAGAGGCAACAUCGGAAUUUGCUAGCGAUCAUGCAAGGAAAAGAUCCCCAAGGACGGGAAGGGGAGGAACCCUUAGUAAAGGUGAAACUAGGGGAAAGAGAAGUGCAGUUUCUAAUAGACACUGGAGCAACAUACUCAGUCUUAAAUGAUUUACAUGGGAAACUGGGAGGUAAAACCGUGACAGUGGUUGGGGCCACAGGGAAAGAGGAAGUACGGCCAUUCACCCGACCCCUGGAAUUGAAAUUUGGAGGGAAGGAACUCUGGCAUGAAUUUUUGUACAUGCCAGACUGUCCAAUUCCACUCAUGGGGAGAGACUUACUUUCUAAGUUAGAUGCCAAGAUUAUUUUUGAAAAUGGAGAAUUGAUUAUGCAGGUACCAGAGUCAAGAAUAGGACAAAUACUAGUGAUCAGAGAAUCCCCAAAGACCCGGAUACCUAAGGAAGUAGAAGAAGCAGUCGUCCCCAUCGUUUGGGAGACGGACGUUCCCGGAAAAUCGAAAACUGCACAACCCAUUAACGUGGAACUGAAGGAUGGGGCGAAACCAGUAAAGGUAAAACAAUACCCCAUAAAAUUAGAAGCUCGAUAUGGAAUAGUGGGAACGAUUGAAAAAUUUUUGAGGUUCGGGAUAUUGGAAGAGUGUGAGUCGGAAUAUAAUACUCCGAUUUUUCCAGUGAAAAAGCCGAACGGAGAAUACAGGUUGGUACAGGAUUUAAGAGCCAUUAACAAUAUCACAAAGGACAUCUAUCCAGUGGUUGCCAACCCCUAUACACUGUUGACAUCCGUGAAGGAAAAAUAUAAGUGGUUCACUGUAAUUGACUUGAAAGAUGCUUUCUUUUGCAUUCCUCUUGACAAAGGUAGUAGGAAAUAUUUCGCUUUUGAAUGGGAAAACCCACAUAAUGGACGAAAGACACAACUAACAUGGACAAGACUCCCACAAGGAUUCAAGAAUAGCCCGACACUUUUUGGAAACCAGCUGGCAAAGGAGCUGGAGCUAUGGACAGAACAAGGACAAAUUCAGGUACCACGAGCCCAAUAUCUCCUACUACAAUACGUUGAUGACAUUCUGAUUGCGACAGAGUUGGAGCCAACGUGUAUCCAGGUAACCAUUGAAAUUUUGAACCAAUUAGGAUUGAAUGGCUACAAGGUUUCUCGAGAAAAGGUUCAAAUCGCAUGUACAACUGUAGUAUAUCUAGGAUGUGAGAUAACACAAGGACAAAGAAAAUUGGGAAUGGAUCGCAUUCAGGCUAUUUGUGCGAUCCCCGAACCCAGGAACUUACAUGAGCUCAGGUCAUUCUUAGGAAUGACAGGCUGGUGCAGGCUAUGGAUUUUGGACUAUGGACUAAUAGCAAAACCUCUGUAUGAGGCUCAGAGAUCACCAGCUUUUAUUUGGGAAGGACCUCAAAGAAAGGCCUUCAAGAAGUUAAAAGAGGCUUUGACCAGAGCACCGGCAUUAGGCCUACCAGACCUGACCAAAGACUUCCAACUGUUUGUCCACGAAAGACAACGAUUGGCAUUGGGGGUUUUAACACAGAAACUAGGAAGCUGGAAAAGACCAGUAGGAUAUUUCUCCAAACAGCUGGACCCCGUGAGUGCUGGGUGGCCAUCGUGCCUAAGGGCAGUGGCAGCAACAGUGUUACUAAUACAAGAAGCUCGAAAAUUGACACUGGGAAAGCGCAUUGAAGUGUAUGUGCCCCAUAUGGUACUAACAGUUUUAGAGCAAAAAGGGGGGUAUUGGCUCUCCCCAAGUAGGAUGAUGAAAUUCCAGGCGAUGCUUACAGAACAAGAUGAUAUAGAUCUGAAAACUACUAACUUAUUAAAUCCAGCAGCUUUUCUAGGCGCAGCAAUGGAAGAUGGUCCUUUGGAACAUGAUUGCGUGGAAAUCAUUGAACACACGUAUGCAACUAGAGAAGAUCUAAAAGAUAACCCGCUUGAACAACCAGAACAAGAACUUUUUACUGAUGGGAGCAGCUUUGUGGAAAAAGGGACCCGAUAUGCUGGAUAUGCAGUAACCACACAAAAUUCAAUAAUAGAGGCAAAGGCGCUCCCAACAGGAACAUCCGCCCAACGAGCAGAAAUAAUAGCCCUUACUAGGGCCUUGGAGUUAAGUAAGGAUAAAAAGGUGAACAUAUGGACUGAUUCGAAAUACGCAUUUGGGGUGGUCCAUAUACACGGAGCAUUAUGGAAGGAAAGAGGACUUUUAUCCUCACAAGGUGCAAGUAUAAAAUAUCAAAAGGAGAUACUGGAUUUGAUAGCUGCAGUACAAUUACCCCUACAGGUGGCAAUCAUGCAUUGCAAAGCACAUCAGGGAGGGGACUCUAAGGUCGCGGAAGGAAACUCCCUAGCGGAUCGGACAGCCCGGCAAGCUGCACGGCAGGUACAAAAUAUGAUGGCCUUAAUACCUACGAAGGUAAGCCCUUUCCAAAAUUACUUAACACAAAAACCAAAGUAUUCAGAAGAAGACGAGAAACUAGCCGGACUAACGAAAGCCCAGUUAAAUUCGGAUGGGUGGUACUUAACAACAACCGGGCAAGUAAUCGUACCAUCUAACGUUAUGCGAACAAUCCUACAAACAGAACAUCAAAAAUGUCAUUGGGGAGCAGAAGCCUUGGUUACUUAUCUCAAACGCAGCAUAAUCUCAACACAGAUGUUAACAAUGGCAAAAUCUAUAAAUGCAAAAUGCGAAAUCUGUCUGAAGAAUAAUCCAAUAGUUAGGAAAAGGAUAGAAAUGGGACAUAUUAGAGUAGGUAUGGAACCAGGUGACUACUGGCAGGUUGAUUUUGUGGAAUUACCUAAGGCCCAGGGGUAUCGGUAUUUAUUGGUUGGGGUUGACACCUUCUCUGGAUGGCCGGAAGCCUUUCCCUGUCGCACAAACCAAGCUAAAGAAACGGUCAAGUGGUUAUUGCGAGAAAUUAUACCAAGAUUUGGAGUUCCUCUGGGAAUAUCAUCAGAUAGGGGACCACAUUUUGUGGCUACUAUUGUUCAGGGAAUAAGUAAAAUGCUGGGAAUUUCUUGGAAUCUCCAUACGCCAUGGAGACCACAGUCGAGCGGACAGGUGGAAAAGAUGAAUCAGACAAUUAAGAGGCAGAUUAGUAAGAUAUGUCAGGAAGCCAAAAUACAGUGGCCACAAGCAUUACCCAUAGCGCUCCUGAGAAUAAGAAUAAAACCUAGAAGUGGGAUAGGGGUGAGCCCUUAUGAAAUUCUUUUCGGAAGACCCUACGAGGCGCCACAACCUAACCUCAAUAUGCAUAUAAAAGGUGGGCAAGAUGUAUAUAACUAUGUGUUAUCCCUUGCUAGAACUUUGACGCGGCUGCGGAGUACUCUGGUUUGGAAUCGACCCUUGUCGUUGGAACACCCAGUGCACAAUAUCAAUCCAGGAGACCAGGUUUACGUCCGUGAUUGGGUUGAGGAACCACUGAGAGAACGGUGGAACGGACCGUAUCUGGUGCUGCUGACUACCUUUACCGCGGUUAAAGUGAAGGGAAUUGAUUCCUGGAUUCACUACACACGGGUAAAGAAGGUUCCCGGAGAGUGGCAAGCAGAAGUAACUGGACCUACAAAGCUGAAACUUACAUACCAGAAGGAUGUCUAAUUACGUCUAUGGGACAAUCAUAAUAAUAUGGUUUCUGAUGAAUAUGACUUUUUCCACAGGCACCCACCGGAAGAAUAGAAAUGUGAGAUAUCAUCCAGAACAAAAUGCCAUUCUGUCUUGCACGGUUCAAAAUCAGAAAGUGGCAGUAACAUCGGGAAAAGGAAUCCAAUUCAACAUUAACAAAGGAUUGGAAAAGAUAAUAGUAUCCCAUAGAGAAAGGCGAGAUAUAGAGCCCACUCCAACACCACAGGUAAUACACCUCCCCUCAAGGGACCCUGAGGAAAACUUAAUAAUAGGCUUAAUUAAGGAUUUUGCAGGAAUACAGAAUACCAGUAAAAUCACUGCUUGCCUUCCAGUUCCUAAGGCAGCGGGGGAACCUAUAAACUGGGGAAUAAUAACUUUCCCUCUCCCAACAUCACAGGGAAAUAAAACUGAGUGCAAACAAAUAACCAUAGAAAAGGAACGGCAGGUCAGGGUGAAAGGGGAAUGGCUGCCAAAACAGAUUUGUAACCAGCUCGCAAACUCCACCUUCAUUACUAAGAAUUCAGGAGGAGAAUUUGGGGUAUGUAUGUAUGAUAGAAUUAUCACAAAAACAGAGACACAAUGGGAAUGCCAAGAAAGACAAAAACAAUUAGAAUGGGAAACCAUUUGGUCAACUAAUAUCUUGCAAAAAUUCCACUAUGGUGGUAACACUUCGUGGUGUAUCAAAUGGGAGGGAAAGCAGGACGCAACAAUUCCAACCGAAACCCUUUUGGCCAAUAAUGGAGUUAGUCGAGAAGUGAUACAAAACGUACCUUGGUGGAAUUGUUCUGAAAUAUGGGACUGUGAUUCAAACCCAGAUGAAAUAACAAUACCCUCCGUAAGAGUGGCUUUAAAGGCUGGGUGCGCCUGCCGGGGAUACAAAAGUGGAGGACAGAUGAUCCCCUAUCAUAAACCAGAUUGUAAGUAUGCAACUAUUAAGAGUAUGGGAAAUUUUGUAUGGGCCAAUAGUGAUGGAACGUGGACUACCCAUUUACCAGUUACGGGGAAGGUUAAAGAAAUCACAUUAGGCUUACCCACCUUAUGCCCGAUUUGGAAACGUUCCCCCUUUAAAGGGAAACUGGAAACUCUACAAAUCAACAGAAUCAAAAGAGAUAUAAAGGAAGAUGAUACAUGGCAGGAGCCCUCUACAGGAGUGAAGGUAGGAUGGGCCCUUGAAUCUCUCUUUGCUGCUCCAGUAGCUACUUACCGAAAUAGAGACAUGAUUUACAAAUUGAUAGGGCAGACUGAAAGGUUAGCUAGAGUUACUAAAAAGGGGUUCAGAGAUUUGAAUAUGCAGCUCCAAGCAACGACAAAAAUGACUUUGCAGAACAGAAUGGCAUUAGAUAUCUUAUUGUUGAAGGAACAUGGCGUUUGCGGAUAUUUAAAGGAUCGAGUUGAUCACUGCUGUGUGCAUAUACCGAAUGUAACCAUGGAUAUAGAAUAUGACAUAUCUCAACUCAAGAGAAUUGAACAAGAAGCUGAAGAAGAAAGAAAAGAGAUCGGCCAUAAUUGGAUAGGAGAAAUAUUUAAUGGAUUGGGGAUUCAUUUAGGCGGGUGGCUACAAUCACUUUUAGAAACUAUUUGCACACUCUUGUUAGUAUUCCUGGUCAUCUACCUAGUAUACUUGUGUAUCCGUCAAGAAAUCACCCGUAACACUAGCUGGACGCAUAAGAUUAUAGGAGCAGUAACCCGGGAAUACCCACGACGCCUGACCCCGCCACCGAAGUACUACGAGACUACGAGAAUGGAGAACUAAGGUGAAAAACUGAAAAAUGGAAAUACCUUCUUAAUGAAAGAAGGUAUUUCCAAAGGGGGGAAAUGUUGGAAAACUCUAGUUUGUCUUACUAAAAUGUAGUCGAAUAACUAAUAGUUCUAACAAUUCUAUUAAAUAUAGUUAAAAACUAACUACUCUGUUGAAAUUUCGCUUGCUCCAGGGUAUAGUCUCAGGUAUCCCCAUUUGGGAAGGAAUGCUGAAAACUCUUACUGAGCCAGAAGAAAUCUUAUCUAUGUUAACAGGACAUAGAGUUGGUAUCUUUUCUAAUGCAAGCAGUAAACUUGCAAAGAGAUAACAGUUUGCAUAAAAAUGUAAAGAAUGCUGAAAAUGUUGCAAGACCUGAUGUGACAAUCACCGAAAUGAAUAUGUAGGUUGCAUCCCUUUUGAAUAUGUAACAGAUUGAACAACACUUCAAGGAUAAAUGGCGAACGCGAUGUGACGGUCUUUGAACCAGAUUUGGGUGCGUACCCCUGGUUCCCGGGGCCUCGAAAUAAAGCACCGCAUAUAA